AUGUUUCUCUAUCAGCUCAUCAACUUCUUCUUCGUCUCUACCCAAAAGGAGGAGGAGAAAUCCCAAUAUGACCUCUCUUUGUACAAACGUGGAGAUCUAUUAGAGGUUCCCAGGACAAUGUUCACACACUUUGGUAUCUACUUAGGUGACAACCGCGUGGCUCAUCUCAUCCCGGACAUCCUGCCUGUGAUUUCCAAGGAUAAAGCUGCGAUCUCCACAGUGGUGACGAAUAACCGCCUGCUGAUGGGGGUCAUCUUGAAGAUUGCAAGCGUUAGAGUGGACACUGUGUCAGAUUUUGGGUACGGCUCUGAGAUUCUGGUUAACCACAUGGACAAUGUGUGCACCCAGCCUCCUCUGGAUGGGGAAGAGGUGGCCAGACGGGCAGAGAAACUCAUGGGCUCGGUCACCUACAGCUUACUGUGGUACAACUGUGAACACUUCGUCAUGUACUGCAGAUACGGCAUGGCCAUCAGCUACCAGACUUACCAGUUCUGCACAGCGGUGAGGAAGAUCGUCUGCAGCAGGAUGAGCUCUUAUCUCACUGCCCUGUGCGGCAUAGGAGCCAUGCUGUAUGUGGGCAGUGCGACGCCACUGACAGUUUUACUGACCGUGCUCGUCUCAUUCACCAUCUGGAUGGCGGCCUAA